AAUUAGACAGUCCGUUCUCACAAGACUCAACAUAAGAAGAGUCCUUUAAUUAGCUCGGCAAUGGCUUCUUUAGGAGUGCUGCUUCUUGCUGUCACCGUUGCCUUACACCUUGUUGCUCUCACCAUUAAUGCCAAGCAAGAAAUACUUCAACACUUUUGUUUAAGCGAGCCAGGCAACUUCUCUGAGAAUAGUGCAUACAAAUCAAACCUUAAUCGACUCCUUUCGUCUCUCUCCUCUAACACUAAAAUCAACUAUGGUUUUUACAUUGCAUCGUCUGGUCAAGACCCCGAUAUAGUUAGAGGAAUGGCUCUUUGUAGAGGAGAUGUUAAGCCAGACAUUUGCCGUGGUUGCAUCAAUGAUUCUUCUCUUGAGCUCUCAAAACUGUGUCCCAACCAGAAAGAGGCUGUCAUUUGGUACGAUUAUUGUAUGUUAAGGUACUCAAACCGCUACAUCUUUGGCAGUAUGGAAUUCGGGCCUUAUUUUUGGGUGUAUAAUACAAAUAAUGUAUCGAAUUGGUGUCAAUUCAAUAAUGUGUCCAGGACCUUGUUGGAUAGGCUUAUAAAAAAAGCAGCUUCCGGUGGAUGUCAUCGCAAGUUUGCAAGAGGAAAUAGGACCACGCCAAGCUGUCAAACAAUAUAUGCACUUGUACAGUGCACCCCUGAUUUGUCAGAGCAACAGUGUAUUGAUUGCCUAAAUAAUGCCACUGCAUUGAUACCAACAGCUUGUGCUGGAAAACAAGGUUGUAGAGUUAUUGCACCUAGUUGUAAUUUUAGGUACGAGAAAGAUUUUAUUUUCUACGACACUACAGCUAAUCAUCAAGGCCACGGCCACCUUAACUGCCGGCAGAACAAGAACUAGAAUUUUCUCCUCCACUACCAACCAAUUCUGCAACACAGAAAGGAAAGGAAAGAAACAAACUGUUGCGUUCAUUCCAGUUCCAUAGAUUAUUAUUACUUUUGCGCGGAAGACUUGAUAUCUAUGCCAGCACUUUUUAAGGAAUCGGGAGCCGAAGGCAUAAUAUAGUUAUUUCAGUUUCGUUUAAUGUUAUGUAGAAUUAUACUUUCUAAUAUCGCAAGAAGAUCAUAUAUCCUUGUAAUAAUACUAAAUUACAUAAACAUAUUAAAUAUAAAAUG